UUCCAUUCUUUCCUUCUUGUUUCGGGACGUCAGUCUGUAUGGUUCCUUCGUUUGAUCCGAAAGUUCAGAUCUUUCUGACGUUUUGGAGGAAAAUCUGCGGUUUUUAUUGGUCUGGGACACCAAGAAUUGCUCUUUUUUUCCCCUGUCUUUUGCAUUUUUGGUAUCAUGGGGCUGAGUCCGAGGAAGUGGAAGUGAGUUGGCGAUGAAAGUUCGGAUUUUUAGCUGGGUUCUUUCUCUGUACCAGGUAAUUGUUAUUGUGAUGACUGGUCGGUUCUGAUGGUAUGGUAUUUUAUUCUAUCCUUCCCUUCUUUUACUUGGUUUUCCUCUAUAGAGCCCUUAAUGAGGUCAAACUGAUUCGAUGGGACGGUUCCGUUUUCCUCCAUCCAGAUAGGGGUUUUCCUCGUUUAUAAUCUGAUUUGAGGCUUCACAUACUUGGGUAGGAAAAGAGGAGAUUCGGUUAUUAGCGGUAGGAAAUCUUGGUCUUUCGGGUUGAUUUGUGCUUGAGAGUUAUGUUGGAAGGCAACUCGUUGGGCAACAACAAGCGCCCAUUAGAUGAAGAAUUGGAAGAACAAGAAGAUCAGAUUAAGAGGAAGAAUUCGCCACAGCAUCACGAUACCCCUGAUCUAGAAGAUGUGCAGCGCACUACUGACAAUUCUGAUCACCACGAAAAUGAUAUGGACUACAAUGAUUGCAGCACCUUCAUCAACCCUCUCGGCAGGGAUCUGACAGUGAGCUGUCUUCUUCUCCUCUCCCGGUCCUAUUAUGGCACUGUGGCAUCCGUCAACAGUUCCUUCCGUUCGCUGGUCCGAAGCGGAGAGCUCUACCGGCUGCGUCGCCAGAUGGAGAUCUCCGAGCACUGGGUCUAUUUCUCCUGCAAUGUUCUUGAAUGGGAGGCAUACGAUCCCUACCGUGAGUGCUGGAUUGCUGUUCCUAAGAUGCCCCCUACCGAAAGCUUUAUGUGCUCAGAUAAGGAAUCCCUUGCUGUGGGCACCGAUCUCCUUGUUUUUGGAAAGGAGCUGAAUUCCUACAUGGUCCUGAGAUAUAGCAUUUUAACCAACUCCUGGUCACCUGGUGUGGUAAUGAACUCACCUAGGUGCUUGUUUGGAUCUGCUAGUCUUGGAGAGAAAGCUGUUGUAGCCGGUGGCACCAAUGCGGAAGGUGACGUACUUAGCUCUGCAGAGCUUUACAAUUCUGAGACACAGACUUGGGAGACCUUGCCCAGUAUGAACAGGGCACGGAAGAUGUGUUCGGGGGUGUUCAUGGAUAGAAAGUUCUAUGUCAUUGGCGGCAUGGAUUCUGACAGGAAUGUGCUGACAUGUGGGGAAGAGUAUGACUUCGAGAGACGUUCAUGGAGGGUGAUUCCUGAUAUGUCUGCUGGUCUCCAUGGUGCCAGUGGUGCGCCUCCACUUGUUGCUGUGGUGAAAAAUGAGCUCUAUGCAGCUCAUUAUGCUGACAAGGAGGUGAGGAAGUAUAUUAAGGAGAAUAAUACAUGGGUAACUUUGGGGCAGUUACCUGAAAGGUCUGUUUCAAUGAACGGUUGGGGCCUUGCCUUCCGUGCUUGUGGUGCACGGCUAAUAGUUAUUGGUGGGCCACGAGAAUCUCAUGGAGGGGUAAUUGAGCUCAAUUCUUGGAUUCCAAAUGGGAGGCCACCUAUAUGGAAUAUGAUGGCAAGCAAGCAUUCAGGAAGCUUUGUUUAUAAUUGUGCUGUGAUGGGCUGCUGAUUUCUGUUGUUCAUCCAUCAUGCCUGUAUUUUGCCUCUCCUGGAAAGAUGCAUGAUAUUGGCUUUCUAGAGAUGGAGACAAAUUAUUUUCUCACUUAUCUGGAGCGAAAAUUUCUGCAUAGACAGAAAAAUUUUCAACUGAAUUCAAUCUAUGUGACCUGCGAAGUGAGGAAAGUCGCACUGUCGGAUUCUGAUGCUGUAAAGAUAUCGACUGGUGGCUUUUCUCUCAAGUAAAAGAAAUAUAAAGACUCGGUGUUUCAAGAAGCUUGAUCUUCGGUCGUCGUCUCAUCGCGAGAUUUUUGCCUCUUGAGAUAUUAUAGAAUUACUCUUUUUUUUCCUUUGUUUACCUUGAACUGUGAAAUGCUUGGCCAAUGGAAGAUGUAGAAAUUUGAAAUUGGUGCUUUCUUGGAUUCAUAUCCAGGGAUCCACAAAAUUGGUCACGGUGUAAAUAUAUAGUUGGCUUAUGUAUCAAUUGACUGCA